UUUUUGGGAGUUGAUCUCUCGCCUAGCGGCUAGCUCUGCGAUCUGCAUGGUCACCUAGCGAAAGACAACGACGAAUGUUUUCUGAGUCUGAGUCUGUGCGUGGUGUGGCCUUUUGACCGUGCUGUUUGUUGCUGCAUUCAUUCGCUCUGCGUCCGUCGAUCGCAUCGGAGUUGUUGCAGUUCACCGUCAGCACCCCAGCAGUCUAGUUGUCGCCGUCGUUGUCGUCGUCGUCGCGAUCGUCGCAGUUGUCGAGUCGGUGUCAGAUGGCGCGCGAGUGGUCCACCGGAUUAUAACAACGAUCCCCAACGCGGGCGGCUUGGUCAUUUAUCGUUACGUGCUAAUGCGGAUCGGACGUGUGUGUAACUUCUCACCUAUUUUUGGGAUUUGAGCUGGUCGAGUGAUAGAGAAGUGAUAGUGAUAGAAGAGUGCGCGAGGGUGGCACGCGAACACAAAUCCAAAGAUUAUUUGUUAAGUUGAAGUACCUCCUGAAUUGCAUGUGUUACGAAGUUGUGAGCUAACCACGGAACGCGUCGAAUAUUUCUGGCCGUUUAGCCGAUCGUUUUUUGUCUUUUCUCGUCACACAUGCGUCUUGCCAAUCACGCCGAUCGCCUUCGUCGCUGAGAGGUGAUAAUAAAUAUUACGUAAGGAAGUAAGCCAAAUUUUUGGGUCGCGCAAGAGCACAAGAGCCGCCUAAAGAGCUCUCGAGAAGAAGCGGGUGAAACGAUAAAUGUAAGAAAAGUACCGAAAAAGCAAAACAACACACGCGUGAACCAGCACAUUACUCAAUGAAAGAGGCCUGUUCCGGGCCGAAGUUCGUAUACUACUCUCUCUCGUGUGGUGUGCGCGCGCGCUCCGUUUAUCUCUGCGAAGGGGUCUUUUCGUCGAAUGGACACUGCCCAAGAAGAACCAUCCGAAAUGUGCAACGUGAUUGUGUGAAGUACGCCUUGGUGCUGAUGCUGGUGAUUCAUCUCAGCUGAUUGCAGUUUUGCAGUUGCAGUGUGCCAAAAGUGAGACAAAAAAUAGGCGAACGAAUCUUGCGAUUGCCACAUACUGACUUGACUCUCGUCUGUCUGAUCGCCGCCGGCCGAAGAGAACUGCUGCUGAAGAAAACGCCGCAAAACCAGAUCAAAAAGGUGUCCAAAAAACUGAGGUGUUAGUGUGCCGAAAUCAUGGCCCCGAUUCGUUUCGCGUCCCGUGCAUUGAUCUCGACCGUUGUCCUCGUCGUGCUGGUCGCCAUCUGCGGGCGGGUGAUUUCGUCUGCCUCGUCGUCUGCUCCGCCUGCGCAGAUCGCGGGCUUGAAUGGUACCAACAAGUAUCGAUACGGCAGGGUGUCCAAGCGAAACGAAACAUGUGCCGGCAAGUACUGCACCGAGAUGGAAGUGGACGACGAUGAUACCGGGGAAAUCAUUCUCGGAGGUAGCCGAGCCCUUCGGCAGGAGGGUGUCCUCAGGCAUACCUCGGUUCUGUAUGGGUUGAUUUCGAUUGCCGAGAGGGGUGAACUGUCCGAUCGAUGCUACGACGAACUGCAGCAGAUCUACGAGGGAAUACGGCAGAAGGAAAUAUGGGCACUGAAAGUGUUGGACUCAUCCGGCAUCCAGGAGGCUGGUUUCAUGUGGGGUCACAACCAUUGGAUCGGUUCGGAGCAAGGCUGCGUGGCCGCACAAACCCCACUGUCCAUCACUCUGUCCGAUCGGUACCGUCGGAACAUGAAACCCAAUCUGGUGAAGGCCAUGGCUCCGUUCGACGUCGGCUUCCGAAUGGUCUACGCCCAGCACCAGUCCGCCUGGCAGGUAGAGAUGAAAUUUCUCAGUGAGAACAUUCUGCACAUUGGUGUUUGCGUGCCUCAAUCGUGCUCGAAUGGCGAGUUGUUCAACCUGACCGAAAGGUACUUCGACGAGCGGAUCAUCCAAGCGCAAGACAUCUUCGAGUUCCGUCCAAACGUGCUGCAGGUCAAAGAUCUCCAACUAACGGAGAACUUCUGGAGCAAACCGAGCAUAUUCAUUAUAAGCAUCACCGUCGCCCUAACGGCCAUAAUGGUCUACUUGGCGCAGUGCCGUGAGCAAAAAGUGAACGAAGAAAAAGCAUGCCUCUCUUCCGAGUCGCCGAACGCCACGACCUACACUCCGGUGCUGAUGAAUGGACAUUACUCACCUGCGCCAAAAGCACCCUCAACCACCGCGGCAGCACUCAACGACGACGAACGGAUGAAGGAAACUGCACUCAAACCAAAGUCCACCCCUAUUCACACCUCCUCAUCCCCUGGCUUCCCCCCGCCGACCAAGGACACUUUCAUGGACAAGGUCAUCGAUAGCUUCAACGUGCGGCGCAACCUCGCCACGGUGUUCCGAACUGACAUUGGACCACAGUCGCUGCCGGUGAUCUGUGGAAUCAAGUCCAUCUGCUGCUUCUUGAUCUUGUGCUUCCACAUGCAGUGGUACACGUUUUUCACCAUUCAAAACUCGGCCCUCAUGUUCCACUAUGCCGAGCAGGUACGCUACCAGGUGAUCAGCAACGCCCCACUGCUGGUGGAUGUCUUCUUCGCCAUCAGUGGCUUCCUGGUGACGUACAACUUCGUGCGGAACCGCAGCAAAAUCCAGGAGGUCAAAUCCAAUGGGCUGUGGCAGAAUGGGAAGUUGUAUGGAAAAAUGCUUCUUCACCGAUAUCUGAGACUCUCACCGCUGUACCUGAUGAUCACCGUGAUCGGCGAGUUGAUGACCAGCUACGUCGUGGACAAGUCCAAGUUCUGGGUGCACGAGCGCAGUGAUCUCCGCUGCCAGCAGUACUGGUGGCGCAACGUGCUCUACAUCCAGAAUCUGUUCGACAUCGACGAUCUCUGCCUGAAUUGGACCUGGUCGUUGGCCUGCGAGAUGCAGUACUACAUGAUCUCCGUCGGGUUGCUUUUCGUCUACGCCAAAAAUGCUAAGCUGGGAAAAUCGAUCUACGCCCUGUUCGCGGCAGCAACGUUCGUGUUCAACAUGGCCAUCACGCUGAUGUAUCACUUUGUUCCAUCGUACGACGUGCUGUACAACACGGGCAGCGCUCUGUACGUGGCUCCCUGGGCUCGCAUGUCACCCUACGUGGUGGGUGUGUACUUCGGUUGGCUUCUGGCGGCGGCUCGUGGCAAUCUGCAACUCAAUGAGAAACAAUACCGCAAGUACUGGAUCCUGGCCUGCCUGGCGGUAUUCAUCAGUAUGCAUUCGACCUUCAAGCGCAAUUUCCCGUACCCGUUGGCAUCGACCGUGAUGGUUAUGGUUCGGCUGUUCGUGGCUUGGGCUGCCUGCUGGACCAUUAUUGCCACCUCGACCGGCUAUUCGAAUAUGGUGACCCGAUUCUUAUCGUCGAAAUUCUUCAUCCACACCAACAAGUUGACCUACGGCAUCUACCUUCUCAACCCGCUAAUUAUCACCGCCGUGUUCGGGCUUUCUGAUGGCAGCGCCAAUGCAGAUCCCAUUCCAACGCUGGUGAUGGCCGUCGGGGUCACCGUGCUCUCGUACGUAGCAGCCUUGGCGUUCACUGUUCUGUUCGAGAUCCCAUACUGCACGAUAUCGAGUGAAAUCUUGAAACUGAAGAAGAAACCCAGCAGCUCUGCGACAAAAUUAGCGUCGAACGAGAAUGGAACGUCAUUUGUGAAGGAAUCUGCGGAGCCUACGCUCUUGAGGAACGGUGACACCAAGAAGAUCGACUGAUCGGAACCAGUAGACGUCUAGGCGGUAUGGGACAGGUUUUAACGCAAACACAAACAAAGUUAGAAUAGCGCACACUUUCGGGAUUUCCGGCUAACUAGGAAAUUCGGUUUUCCACCGGUUAAUGUGAUAAAUGGAGCGACGAUAGGUUAAAAAAUCUCUUGUUUUUAGCUAGCUUACGAUACCACCGGUUUUCUCACUGAUGAUCUACUGAUGGAAGGAAAGACAUUAAAAAUGAUAAGAUUUUUUAGACGGGAGUUCUGAGAAGAUUUUAACCUGUAACUGUUUUAAGGACUGCUUAGUAUUAUUUAUUUGUACUGUUAAUCUGUUGAUAAGGUGUAACUUUUUCAGCCCUAUUUAAUUAGUGCUCGCAGUGUUAAUGUUUGAAUGUUCCUGGAAAAUGAUAUCGAAAUCUUGAAGAAAAAAAAAUGUAUAUGACAUCAUUCAAAUUGUAACUAUAAGGUACCUCUCUGUAAAGGAGUGAAAUAUGCACUUCUGUUGAACAAAAGUGAAAUACAAUAAGUAGGAAUGUCAUUGCUCAUCGUUACAACACGGAAAGGGUUGUUAUGAAUAAAGUGGCAUUCUGUGUGUAUAUAGGUUAAAAACAUUGUGGUUAUUCA